AUGAAUCUCAGUGUCGGCGUCCUAAUCAGCCUGCUGGCUGGUGUCCUGUUCGUCAACUACCUGAUCAUCAUCGCGUGGUAUUUGGCCCAACGCAGUCGCGCGAAGGGAAGAGAGGGGGCGGCCGAGGAGGGCGUGAAGAAGACCCGCUCGGUGCUGAAGCGUAAACAACGGCAAAUUCUAAACAAUGAAAUCGACAACUCCCCUUUAGGAGAAUUCGACCGUUAUUCGACACCUCCACAACGAACAUCUUCCCGACGUGAACAAUUCCUUUCUGUCGGCCCACCUCCCUUUUCACCACCUCCCCUUCCACCCCCCAAGACCUACACACCGCCCGGUCCCUCUCCAUUGCGCAAUGGCUCCAGCGCUCCAGCGGGAAUUUCCCGCCAGAACUCCCGUGGGUCUAACAAUGAUUCCGCUUCUGUGUAUUCUACUGCGUCCGCGACGCCCAACCGUCACGACCAGCUUCUGAGCAGCCAGUCGUCGAAUGCGUCCUCUGCUGCAAGCCGUCGAAGUGCUGCGGUUCUACCGAGGGAAAUGGAUACGCCACGGAACGUCACCAGAGACAUCGGUUUAUUCCACUCACAACUUCCCAAAGGUCGCACAGUGGCACGUGGAGACUCAUUCCUUCUGUGGGAUAACUCUCCUCCUCGUCUUAUUUCUGACCAGCCUUGGCCACUUCGUGAAGAGGGGCCGGAAGACGUGGUCAUCGACCCUGGUCAGUUCACCAGUCCACCUAUUACACCGAUGGCGCAGGCCAUGUUUCCUUCUCGCCCGCGGAGGAAUCGCACCCUUGCACUGCCGCCUAUCUUUUCCGAUCCUCCAGCAGUGCCCCUCCCCCCAGUUCCAACACGAAUCUAA